AUGUUGCAGGAUCCAAACUACUGGAUACAAGUACAUCGACUGGAGCAUGGGGAUGGUGGGAUCUUAGAUCUUGAUGACAUUCUUUGUGAUGUAGCCGAUGACAAAGACCGUCUCGUAGCUGUGUUUGAUGAGCAAGAUCCACACCAUGGAGGUGAUGGCACCAGUGCCAGCUCGACAGGCACGCAAAGCCCAGAGAUCUUUGGCAGUGAGCUGGGGUCCAACGCUGUGUCAGCCUUUCAGCCUUACCAAGCAACAAGUGAAAUUGAGGUCACCCCUUCAGUCCUUCGUGCAAAUAUGCCUCUUCAUGUCCGACGUAGUAGUGACCCUGCACUGAUUGGACUCUCAACCUCUGUAAGUGACACAAAUUUUUCUUCAGAAGAGCCUUCACGUAAAAACCCUACAAGGUGGUCCACAACAGCAGGCUUUCUCAAGCAGAACACCCCUGGCAUACCCAGUGCUCAUGAAAGAAAGAAAGAUGAAAACUACAGAAGCCUACCACGAGAUACUAGUAGCUGGUCUAACCAGUUUCAAAGAGACAAUGCUCGUUCAUCGUUAAGUGCCAGUCAUCCCAUGGUGGACAAGUGGCUGGAGAGGCAAGAACAGGAUGAAGAACGGACAGAGGAGGACAACAGCAGAGUUGAGCCUGUUGGACAUGCAGACACUGGUUUGGAGAAUGCUUCCAGUUUUUCUCUGGAUGAUAUGGUAAAGCUCGUAGAAGUCUCCAAUGACGGCGGGCCUUUGGGAAUCCAUGUAGUGCCUUUCAGUGCCCGAGGUGGAAGAACCCUGGGGCUGCUAGUAAAGCGUUUGGAGAAGGGUGGAAAAGCAGAACAAGAAAACCUUUUUCGUGAGAAUGAUUGUAUUGUCAGAAUUAAUGAUGGAGACCUUCGGAAUAGGAGAUUUGAACAAGCACAGCAUAUGUUUCGCCAAGCCAUGCGUACGCCUUUCAUUUGGUUCCACGUGGUCCCUGCGGCAAAUAAAGAGCAGUACGAACAGUUGUCCCAAAGCGAGAAGAACAUGUACUACUCCAGCCGGUUCAGCCCUGAUCCCCAGUACGCUGACGGCAAAAGUAUUAACAAUUCUGGACUUCACACAUUGCAAAGAAUGUCUCGAGCGGGUAACCCGUCCGAUCAGACAGACUCCUACUCACAGCUACCUCAUAGUGUGAAUUCAUCAGGGAAACCACCCUCGGGCGUGGUGCCAUCACCUCAGAAAGUUCUAACCUCCACUGCAAACAGUGGGUAUAACACCAAAAAGAUAGGGAAGAGGCUCAGCAUCCAGCUGAGAAAAGGUACAGAAGGCUUGGGAUUUAGCAUUACUUCAAGAGACGUUCCAAUUGGUGGCUCUGCUCCAAUUUAUGUGAAAAACAUCCUUCCAAGAGGUGCAGCUAUUCAAGAUGGGAGACUAAAAGCUGGAGACCGAUUAAUUGAGGUAAAUGGAGUUGAUUUAACAGGCAAAACUCAGGAAGAAGUUGUCUCUUUGCUGCGAAGCACCAAGAUGGGAGGGACUGUCGGCCUUCUGAUUUUCCGACAGGAAGAAACAUUCCAUCCAAGGGAACUGAAUGCAGAACAAAGCCAGUCACAAAUUCCAAAGGAAACGAAAGCAGAAGAAGAGGAGCUUGUCCUCACACCUGAUGGCACCAGGGAAUUCCUGACCUUUGAAGUUCCACUGAAUGACUCUGGAUCAGCUGGACUUGGUGUGAGUGUCAAAGGUAACCGGUCAAAAGAAAACCAUGCUGAUUUAGGAAUCUUCGUCAAGUCCAUUAUUAACGGUGGAGCAGCAUCCAAGGAUGGUAGGCUUCGAGUAAAUGAUCAACUAAUAGCAGUAAAUGGAGAAUCAUUAUUGGGCAAAACAAAUCAAGAUGCUAUGGAAACUUUAAGGAGGUCCAUGUCCACUGAAGGAAACAAACGGGGAAUGAUUCAGCUUAUUGUGGCAAGGCGAAUAAGUAAAUGCAAUGAGUUGGAGUCACCUGGGAGCCCCUCUGGGCCAGAGCUGCCUAUAGAGACUCUGAUGGAUGACCGGGAACGGAGGAUUUCUCACUCUCUCUAUGGUGGGAUCGAGGGGCUCAGCGAGUCACCCACGAGGAAUGCGGCGCUCAGUAGGAUAAUGGGUAAAUAUCAGCUGUCUCCAACGGUGAACAUGCCCCAAGACGACACUGUCAUUAUUGAGGAUGACAGGCUGUCCGUGCUCCCUCCUCAUCUCUCUGACCAGUCGUCAUCCAGUUCCCACGAUGAUGUUGGGUUUGGCACUGUUGAUGCUGGUGGAUGGGCUAAAGCUGCAAUUAAUGAGUCAACAGACUGCACUCUUAGUCCAGAUGUUGAUCCAGUGCUUGCGUUCCAGCGAGAGGGUUUUGGACGCCAGAGCAUGUCAGAAAAGCGUACAAAGCAAUUUUCAGAUGCCAGUCAGUUGGAGUUUGUUAAAACACGAAAGUCCAAAAGCAUGGAUCUAGUAGCUGACGAGACUAAGCUCAGUACAAUGGAUGACCAGAAAACAGGUUCCCCAACCAGAGAUGUGGGGCCUUCAUUAGGUCUGAAGAAAUCCAGCUCAUUAGAAAGUCUGCAGACAGCCGUUGCUGAGGUGACUCUGAAUGGUGAUAUUCCCUUCCACCGCCCGCGCCCGCGAAUUAUCCGAGGACGAGGCUGCAAUGAGAGCUUCAGAGCUGCCAUAGACAAAUCGUAUGAUAAACCUGUAGCUGAUGAUGAUGAUGAAGGCAUGGAAACUUUGGAGGAAGACACAGAGGAAAGCUCAAGAUCUGGUAGAGAAUCUGUGUCCACAGCAAGUGACCAGCCAUCCCAUUCAUUGGAGAGACAGAUGAAUGGAAGCCAAGAUAAAGGUGACAGAAAAAAGGCUGGAAAGGAAAAGAAGAAAGAUCGAGAUAAAGAGAAGGAUAAAAUGAAGGCGAAGAAAGGAAUGCUGAAAGGCUUAGGAGACAUGUUCAGGUUUGGCAAACAUCGCAAAGAUGACAAGAGUGAGAAAACUGGUAAAAUAAAAGUGCAGGAAGCUCUUACUUCAGAAGAGGAGAGAAUACGAAUGAAGCAAGAACAGGAGAGAAUUCAAGCAAAAACUCGAGAAUUUCGAGAGAGACAAGCUCGUGAACGGGACUAUGCAGAGAUUCAGGAUUUUAACCGGACGUUUGGCUGUGAUGCAGACUCAAUGUAUGCUGGGAUUGCUUCCUAUGACUCUUCUUCAAAUAGCGGCACGAUAACGUUGAGCAGCCGGCCACAGAGCCCAAGGGAAGGGCAGACAGUGGAAGCCUUGUAUGCCCAAGUGAAGAAACCACGGAAUUCGAAGUCUUCACCUGUAGACAGCAACAGGUCAACCCCUAACAAUCAUGACCGGAUACAGCGCCUGAGACAAGAGUUUCAGCAAGCAAAGCAAGAUGAGGAUGUGGAAGACAGGAGACGUACUUACAGUUUUGAGCAGCCGUGGCCAAACACCAAAACAUACUCACAGAGUGGCAGACACUCGGUAUCAGUAGAGGUUCAAAUGCAGCGGCAGCGGCAAGAAGAAAGAGAGAGUUUCCAGCAAGCUCAGCGGCAGUACAGCUCGUUACCCAGGCAAAGCAGGAAAAAUGCCAGUUCUGUAUCUCAAGACUCCUGGGAGCAGAGCUAUUCCCCUGGUGAAGGGUUCCAGACUGCGAAGGAAAAUCCCAGAUAUUCCAGCUACCAGGGAUCAAGGAACGGUUAUAUGGGGGGACAUGGCUUCAAUGCCAGGGUAAUGCUUGAAACACAAGAACUGCUCCGUCAAGAACAGAGGCGGAAAGAACAACAACUGAAAAAAAAAACUUCUUCUGAAGGGCCUAACAACUAUGACUCAUAUAAGAAAAUUCAGGACCCUAAUUAUACCCCUCCUAAAGGUCCUUUCAGGCAAGAUGUACCACCUUCACCAUCUCAGGUAGCCAGGCUGAACAGAUUACAAACACCAGAAAAGGGAAGACCAUUUUAUUCUUGAGGUGAAGAAGCUGAAGAUCAACUUACCAUGCAAUAAGGAACGUUUUCAUAUAAAGACUUAUAUUUUGAAAACUUUUUAAACUGAUGGUACUAAGAAAUAUAUCCAUUGUCUGUUUCAGUGCCUUUAAAAACACGGGCAAAACGUUGGUGGGCCUUACGUCUUUGCUGUUCUGUCUCAAGUGUUGAAUUCAUGGAAGGAUGUUCCACCAUUUGACAAUCAUAGCAGAAGUGAGCAAAUACUGCCCCUGCACACCGAGUCCCAUAGCCCAGUACAGUAGUUGUCAAUGGCUCAUUACUAGGAUUUGUUGUAAUGUGUUUUACUUUGCAGUGACUUAUUACACCAGUAUGCAGCUUUGUGGCAUAUAAUUAACGAAUUUGAGAUUGAAGGAAGCAUUGACAUGUCCUUUUUUAUUUCUCUCUGAUCAGGAGGAAGGUUACAUAUCACUCAUGAGUGGAUAAGGAUUAGUUCUACUCUGUAUCACAGUCACAGUUCUAAGAUGUUUUAUAGUGGAGUCAUUACCAGUCUUUGUUGAUCAAUAUUUAAGUCUCUAUAUGCUAAAAAAACUAUCCUUCUCCUAUCAUGCACAUAUGCACUCUUUUUUUCUCUCUCUCCCCACUUUGAUCUUAUUAAAAAAGCUUUUAUCCUGACUCCAGAGAAAAACAAUAUUAAGCCUUCAGUUAUCCUGAGAAUCCUGUUACAAUUGCCUUAUAAUCUUAAUACAGAGCCCAUUACAGAUGAAGUAAAUGGAG